UCGCACUUUGGGAUUUAACAGGCUUUGUAGAUUACGGGGAAUGAAGAGAAACAAAACAAGGACUCACUUUUGGGAACUAACAAGCUGCUGUGAGAAGGCAGACUGAAGGAGCAGGACUAAGAGAGGACGCGAGGACCGAUAAACUAAAGACAAAUUUAGGGAUCAGUCUGAGCACGUGCAUUUAGUUUCCAUCUGUGCUGCACCAGGCCUCAGACUGGCUGUACACAAGCUGCUGGUUGCACACCAACUGAGAGCAAUUUUCCCUGCGACAGCCAGUUGACCGAUGAAGUAAGCACUGUGGAGAAGACUUCUGAUGAGCCACUUUCUGCUUUGCCCGAGGUGUCAGGGCCAUCGCCGUCAGAGCUCAUCGUGUUUACAGCGGGACACAGAAAAAGGGCGAGGCGUGUGUGUGUAGUGAUAUUAAAAUGACACCCACACUUUAUUCCACCAGAUAGUGCUCAGCGAGGUGUGCGGUGCUGCUCGUCACGCUUUGUUUUACUCGCUUAUGGAUACACUCACACACACACAUCACAGAGCUGCACGCCCCACCAAAAGAUCACAUCAGGUUCUGAUAAUCAGCGGCGCUCUGCCACGACCUUAAACGCAGCAGGUUUCAGAUCAGCGCCUGUAAGUUAGUGUGUGUCUGGAUUCCAGCAAGCGGUUCUGUUGCAGCCGGUGGAGCAGGCUGCAUAGGAAGUGUUAGAAAGGUCGAUGCCGCACGAUCAUGCAGGCUGAUAACCUAUGAUUAUUCUGAGAAGUGUAAAUUACCAUGAUAAAUCACUCUCCAUUCAUGCUGCAGUGUGUACAAGGAAGUGUAUUGAUGAGACCCCAGCAUCCACGUGAAUGUUAUGGACAAAUGGCAAACAGAAAUAUCUGAAACCAAGGGAGCUUGCUGAUGCGUUUGUGAGUUGGCCAUUCCACACAGACCAAGUACUUUCACUCUCAAUCUUUAAAGUGCAUCACUCGACUUGAGGAGUUUUAUUUAACUUUAGAUAUCUCUAGAUGAGUUUUAGUGAGCGAGUCAGUCUCUCCAGAGCGCUGGUUGGCUUUGGGUAUAUUGCUCAGAAGAACAUUGACUUCUGAUACUUGAUUUGCUGGGCGAGAAGCACAGAAACGUUCCUUUUUGAUCCAUUUGAAUACAGUGUAUUUGAGAGAUUGGCUUGAGGAUUCAGUGAUGUAGCAUAUUGCUUCCAGCCUCGGAGAUAAGUUGGACUUGCUUUGGAAGACAGUUUCGGGCUAUAUCUAACUAAAUUACAUGGAUUUUGAUGCUUUCAGGUACAGAGUAGUGUGGUUCUAUGUUGACAUGCAGACCAUUUGCUGGUGUGGUUAAGGGUUGGCUGAUCAUUAGAGCCCCUUUUCUUCAGAAUAUCUGUUUCUCAAAGUGUGAAACUGUGGUACAGCGUUGUUAAUUAGGUUGUUGUUCAUUCAGUCAGUUGCAUAAGUGCAUCUGUUGGGAAAGAGAACAGUAUUGCCCUGUACUGCCAUUUGAAGAUCUAGCACAAGAAAAAAAAAAAAAAAACUUUCUAUUUUUGGAUUGCUUUCUCACAUCGGAAAUGUGCAUUUUUAGACAUUUCCAGCUGUCUAAAUGAUUUUUUCUUAUAGACUAGCACAAGUUGCUAUAGUCUGCUGAGAAACUGCCAUGUUAACUCUGUCUCUUGAUGUUUUUUUGAUGUAGAAUUUAAGAUACUAACUCUGGUUACCCAGAGCUCUUAGAAACUGCUGUGUUACCCACAUAAGCCUCCGACUGCAAGCUCGUCCUGUGUGUCCUUGCUACAAAAACAAGUUUCAUUGCUUGUGCUCUGAUAGAGGGUUCUUUCUUUAAGAGUUCUUUUAUUUAAGUGUCGUUCCCAAACAACUUGUCUCUAACAGCACUGAAGUAAAAGCCGAGCUGCCUCGCACGUGUCUGCAGCAUUGCAGUGGAGAACAAAUCCAAGUGCAUUAGUGCAUGAGUGAGUGUGUGUUCAGAGCCGUGUCUCUGUAGCAGUUCAGGCAGGGUUACAGAAGAGUCAUUGAUCAAAUCUGCACAGCCACUCACACUUGCAGGCUCAGACACACACAUAACACACAUCUUCGACCUGAAUACACAAUGAGGCCUGUCCGGAGCUCUGGCCUCUGCUGCCUCCUCCCUGGAUCUUUCUUGCUGACUCUGCACAGCCUCGUCCUGGUCCUGCUCUUACUCUGCAUCACUCCCCGUUGCCAAGCAGUGCAAGCAGAGAAUGUGACAGUCUUGGAGGGAGGCACUGCCCAGAUCUCCUGCCGCCUGCAGAACUACGAUGGCUCAAUUGUGGUCAUCCAGAAUCCCCGCCGGCAGACUCUCUUCUUCAACGGCACAAGAGCUCUGAAGGACGACCGUUUCCAGAUGGUGCUCUUCACGCAACGACUGGUGCGCAUCACCCUGACCAACGUCAGCGUGUCCGACGAGGGAGGCUACUUCUGCCAGCUGUACACGGAUGCUACGCACCACCAGGUGGCGACGCUAUCUGUUUCCGUCCCUCCAGAAACGCCGACGGUGGAGGUGAAGCAGGAGGCUGUGGAGGGCGGCGAGGCCGAGCUCACCUGCGUGUCACCGCGAAGCAAGCCGGCCACUACCCUGCGCUGGAUGCGCAAUGGCCGCGAGAUACCAGGUGUUGUGUCACAGCAGGACAAUGGGAAGACUUUCAGCGUAUCCAGCACCAUCCGCAUCCCAGUGGAGAGGAAAGACAACGGGGCGGCACUGAACUGCGAGGCAAUCCACCCUGCGCUGAGUGGCCAAAAGAGGGUUCGACAUUAUCGGCUGGACGUGUAUUUUGCUCCCACAGUGCGGAUUGUUUCUCCCACAGGGAUUUUGCGUGAGGGCGACUCACUCAGCCUCACCUGCUCUAUCACUGGGAAUCCUUUGCCAAGAGACAUCCUGUGGUCCAAGAUAAAUGACACUUUGCCUGAGAGAGCAGAGAUUUCUGGGCCUACUCUUCAGAUUUCCCGUCUCAGCCAAUCACACAACGGGACGUAUUUGUGCCAAGCCCAGAACAACUACGGUCGUGCAGCUGAUCAUUACACCUUGUUGGUGUAUGAGAAUGUGUCAGUCACUACCAUGGCUCCUACCACUCCACCCACCCAACCUACUAGUACUCCUCCCACCACCUCUCUCCUCACGCCAAAAAGCCGCUUUCUGGACCCAGAAGACCCCGGCGCAGUGGUUGAGACUCACAGCGCAGUACCUUAUGCAGUGAUAGGUGGCGUUCUGGCCCUUCUGGUUUUCACCGUCAUCUGUGUCCUCAUUGUCACCAUCUGGUGCUCUGUCCGGCAGAAAGGUUCCUAUCUCACCCAUGAGGCCAGCGGCUUGGACGAACACGGCGAGGUGCAGGAGGCUUUUCUCAACGGGAACGACGCCAGCCAGGGCAAGAAGGAGUACCUACUGUAGCCCUUCAUUUUGUUAAUCCCUUCUCUUCUGACCUCAUACCCUUACCCCUCCCGCUCCCUGCCUCCAACCUUAUAUACAGUAUAUAUAUAAAUACACACACACACACGAACACACCCCAACACUCCGACACAAUUCGCCAUAACAGGCAGCCUUCGGAAAGCGACUGUACUACACAUAGCCAAUCCAUCACACUCCAUUCCACUCCAUCUCCUCCAUAUACACUCGCAUAACCCAAGAGACAGACCGAGAGACGGAGAGCCUCUCGGCCCCACCAGACAUCAACGACUGUGCAAUAUACAGAACUGUAAGUCCCGGACUGCUGGAGAGAGCGAAAGAGCGGCGACGGAGUGAAGUGAAUGUAGGCAAAAGCGAAAUGAUCCCAUAAUUAUUUAGAUCAAGAAGGAAGAGGGCCACACAAUGAAAAGUGGCCCCUCUCUGCCUCGCCUGUGCAGCCGCCAAAGUGGAAGGGGAAUUAGAGGCAGAUGACUGCUGUAAUUCACCGCCUGGAGAAUAGAAGAAUCUAUUUCACAAAGCCCAAUCUCUAACCGAAGGGGACAGCAGGAGAGCUGCGCAGGGAGGGUGGGGAAGGAGGUGGUGGAGGGGAAACUUGAGCAGAAGCUACUUUGUGCUUGAUGGUAAAUUACAGAGAUUUUUCAUAUUACGGUCGUAUCUCAUCGACGAAGCACAGCUUGUCCAUAAUUCCCUACCAAAGCUGCGAGAAGUAUCUGGAUUGUGGCAAUAAGCUGAAUUUCUUGUUGUUUAGCUAGUUUUAAAAGAAAACUUAAAAGUGAUCCCCCUCCUUUCAGUUCAAGAGUGAAAUAAAAAGGUGAUUCUCAACAUCCUCUCCUUACACCUGUUACCAUGCUCUCCUCCCUCUCUUUCAGUCCCUCUUCUUCUCAGUGUUUCCUCCCCCUCUACCGUUCCCCUGUUGUUGGCCCCGUAAUAAUGAAAGGAUUAGCGUCGGGCUGCGUUCCCAAGAAGGAAGAAAGGAAUAUGACUUGCAGAGGCAUUAAAGAGAAGCUUAAUUAUUUUAGAAUGUCAUUAAGAGGAUAAAAAGGUUUAAAAAGUUCCAAUAAGAAAAAGAGGGGAGCUGUCAAAAAGGAGCGAACAAGAGAACAAAACCGGCGUAUGCAGCUACAUGCACACAUCCAUACAUACACGUCCACAGAACAAGUAUACAUAUCUCUGAAUUCUUUGUUUGUAUAAAAAAGAACAGUGACAUGAGUUAAAUUAAACUUUUAAGAAUUAAGAAAACUGUUUACUAUUGAAACGCAUUAUAAAGCAACUAUACUAACACAGAAUAUUAGCCUUUAGAGGUGCAACACCGAACAAACUACUGUCCAGUGAUCUUUAAAGAAAAUAUAAAAAUGAAAAAAAAAUUGUCUUUAUGAAAAAACAGAGGUCUUAUUGAUUUUUUUAAAUAAUUAUUGCUAUUAUUUGAACAAUUCUGAUUGUUGUUACUGUUAUUAUUAUUGCCGUUGUUAUUAUUAUAAUUGUAAAUGUUAAAGAAAUGUACACUUCCCAUGGUUUUUGUUUUUUUUUUGGUUUUACUGUAGAAAAAAUAAACUUGCUGUCAUUUUUCACUCUUUUUCCUCUUUACCUUUCCUCUCUUUCCCAGUAUUUCUCUCUCUUUGUCUCCUGUGCCUAGUUGUCUCUUCUCCUGUCUUUCACACCUGUUUAUUUUAGAGUCCAUGUGCCACUGUUGAUAUAUAUAGCUAACUAUUUCUUUAUAGGGGAAAGAAACAAAGCACGACAAAAUAAAAAAAAGAAUACAAAAAUAA